CCUCAUUGACGUCCCAUGUCCCUCACUGAUGCCCCACGUCCUCACCUUUGUCCCGUGUCCCCUCCAUCCCUGCAGCACCAGGACUUCGCCGAGGUCUUCAUGCACCAGGCGAUCCACACCAUCGAGUACUGCCUGGGCUGCGUCUCCAACACCGCAUCCUACCUGCGGCUCUGGGCGCUCAGCCUGGCCCAUGCCCAGCUCUCGGAGGUGCUCUGGUCCAUGGUGAUGCGCAACGGCUUCGUGCGCCUGAGCUACGCCGGCGGCGCCGUGCUGGUACCCGUGUUCGCCGCCUUCGCCGUGCUCACCGUGGCCAUCCUGCUGGUGAUGGAGGGGCUCUCCGCCUUCCUGCACGCCCUGCGCCUGCACUGGGUGGAAUUCCAGAACAAGUUCUAUGUGGGUGCUGGGUACAAGCUCUGCCCCUUCGCCUUCGCGCCCGCCUCUUGGCAGUAACCGUGUGGAUGCUGGAGGGUUGGAGCCAGAGCCUUGCCCCACUGAUGGGAGCUUGGUUGGGGGGUGCCCCCCAAACCCCCAGGGUUGGGAGGGGGCGGCUGGGGGUCUGGCUGCAGCCUCCCAUCCCUUGCUUGCAGUGAAUAAAGCCCCGUGGCUGGUCCCCA